CGAUACUUGAGCGGUCCAAAGGUUUUCCACUAUGGUCUCCAGGCAAAACAAACUGCGGUUGGAAGAGUUGAAUUUGAUCCCAGAAGCGUGCUCUCCUUGCCGGCAGUGAUGAGGACCAGACCAGGAUGAUGCAGGUGGACAUGGAGGUGAUGUGACAGGAGGAUGAAGAUGAGGAGGAUGAAGCUAAGGGUGAACAACAAACAGCUGCAGUUUCUGUCCAGAGAAGAAACAUGCGGAAGCUUCCAGAAAGAAGGAAAGCUACGAAUAGGACGGCAGGACAGAGAUCUGACUGAACGGUUCUGUCGGCUCAGAGGAAACCUUCUCUUCAUCCUGAAAGAACAGGGUGGUAAACUAGAGGAGGUGCUGCUGUUGGAGAGAUGUGAGGUGAUGAAGUUUCCAGGCGACGACACACAACUGGCUGUCACCUUCGACAGCGGGGAUCCUCCAGUGUUCCUUCGGUGCAGCAGUCCCUCUGAGUGUAUUUCAUGGCUACACAUCCUUAAAAAUGCCAACACUGACUCGCUGAGGAAGCGCAUCACACAUCUACGCACGCUCAUUAACAUGCACACACAUCAACACAACAACACAGCUAAAAGUCUGGGAGACGCUGGAGCUGCAGGUGGAGCCCAGUCUGCUGAUGAAGUGUCUCCACUCCACCUGACCGUCUGUGUGGUUGCCAUGGCAGCCAGAGUCCAGAUACAGGUGUGUGUGAUCGACACUCAAACGCACACAGUGAGGAGGCACUGCUGCUGUCAGAUGAAGGAAGCAGACGACGGCGUGUUUCUGACCGCCGUGUGUUUUCAUGGCGACUUUCCUCUCUACCAUCACAGCCGGAUCAAAGUCAGCGUCUACCACCAGGAGUCAUACACUGCAAGGAGCUUCCUGGGUUUCACCUCCUUCUCCAUCAGAGAUCUACUGAAAUCCAAGGAGCCACACAUCUCCCUCAGCCUCAGGACUAUGGAUGGGGUGAGCGAGGUGGGGGAGGUGAAGGUGUCCCGUCUGCAGAUGGAGGGAGAAAACGAGGAUCAAACUCCUCCUGACCACAAGUGUCCUGAGCUGUGUGACAGUCUCCACAGCUCCUUCCACGACAAAGAAAACAGUCCAACGAUGAGAGCUGUGUUAAGUGCCCAGGUGUCCAAGGUGUACAGGUUCCAGACAGAGGAUCAAAGAUGGCUGCUAGUGCGGGAACAGAUGUCGGAGACGCCACUCACUUUUUCAUUACCCAAACAGCUACUGAGCACGCUCAUACAAGAGCUCACUAACAGAGUCCAGGAGGUGAAGGAGCUCGGGGACAUGUCACCGCAGUGGGAUGGGCUACGUUAUGAUGUCAUCAACCACUGCAGCCACCUGAUUCGCUGUUACCAGGAAACACUGGAUGAGCUCGACAAACUUUCAGUGUCUUCAUCUUUUAAGUCGAGCAGCAGUAAAUCAGACAAACACCUUCAGUUUGUCCCUACAAACCUUCACUCCCAGAGGAUGGAGGUCACCGGCUCUGACAGCUCAGGUGUGUGGUAUGACGUCAUAACGUUCGGCGCUCCUGCCGAUCACCACCAGGCCUUCAAACACGGAGGACUGAAGAGGCUGCUCAGCAAACGCACACACCAAACAGACAGCUCCGUUCUCUACUCUGAAGACGAGAGCUGCAGAGCGAGGGAGCUUCUCUCCAGUGUGGCUCAGCUGCAGCCGCUGGUCUUCGGGCUCGCUGAGGAGCUGCUGUCCGUGUCUCUGGAGCAGAACGCCACCCGUCUGCAGCACGUCCUCGACGCUCUGACUCAACAGACGGAGCUAUUUGUCCAUGCGCUCAAAGACGAGCUGGUGAAAAGCGCUCUGUUAGCGAUCCACAACAGCAGCCAUGUCCACAGUAACGGGCUGAUAUGUGACAACUCUCCAGCCAAUCAGAAUGGAGAGACAUCACCAGGACAGCAGAGCGGUAGCAGACAGGACGUGGAGUAUGACGAAGAGGAAUGGGACAGGGCGUGGGCCAACGUCGCCAAGAGCCUCAACUGCAUCAUCGCCAUGUCAGACCGCCUGCAGGGACGAGAGGAGCGACCCCAGGAUCAGACGCCAUCAGAGCAGAAAGAAGCCCCAGCAGGAGACACAAACUCCCAGAACACCGUCUCCUCCUCCUUCUCCUCCGCCUCCUCCUGGCAGGAGCAGCUGCUCCCCCUGGUGGUCACUCUCAGGGAUUGCGUGCGGGAAGCGGUAGGGCAGGCUCGAGCCGCCAUGACCUUUGUGAUCCUGCAGGGGGCGGUGGCCUCUUCAGUCAGCCAGGGACACACACGGAUCCUUCAGAGACGCCACGCCGUCUUCAGCCAGGCGCUGUGUGCGAUGGUGUGCGGUUUCAUGCUGAAGUUGUACGCUGGCGUAGAGGAUCCUGAGUUCCUGCAGCAGCUGCUGUCUCUUGGAGUCCUGGUCCAGUUUGAAAGCCUGCUCAGCACCUAUGGUGAGGAGGUGGGGAUGCUGGAGGACAUGGAGGUGGGCGUGGCAGACCUGAGCCGUGUUGCGUUCACUGUCGCUGAGGCUAAAUCUGAACAAUCAGACGAUCUGCUGCCGACACUUAAAGGAGCAUGGGGAAGUUUUGUUGUUGAGGUCCCGUUGCCGCCGGAGACCUUCACAUCGCUGCCUCAAGAGGUAAAAGAGGGACGUUUGAUACGAGUUCAUCCUGUUCUCUUCAACAUCGGGAUCAACCAACAGCAGAGUCUGGCUGAGAGAUUUGGUGACAGCUCGCUCCAGGAGAGAAUUAACCAGCAGAGCUGUGAGCAACUCAAAGUUUACUGUCAGACACUGAGAGACAAACUGCCACAUAUGGCUGGUAUCCAGUCACUUCCAGAGUUGCUGUCGUCUCUGGAUCGAUGUGUAGAAACCAGGAAGAGGAAGAACGUGGAGAUUCUGUGGAUUGCUGCUACGGUGUGUCGUCAGGUGAACGGCGUACGUCUGACGAGCUGUAAGAGCGCAAAGGACCGGACGGCGAUGUCGGUGACUCUAGAGCAGUGUGUGUUACUGAGAGACAGACACACUCUCAGCCAGCAGAACUUCAGCACGGCGCUUGACUGCAUGAGGAGGGACGGCUGCAGGAUGGAGAACGUGCAGAAGAACAUCGGCAGCAGGAAGUUCGCCUUCAGCAGCGUUCAGCUCCUCACCUUCCCUAAACUGUACCGACCUCCAGACGGCAGCUUUGGAUGAACAAACGGACCGUUUUUAACAGCUGUACAGACUUUUGUUAUCAGCACUGUUUGUUUUACUAUGUAAAGUGGGUGUAAAUAUUAUUUUUAUGUUCAUCCUUGUUGCUGUACGAUUUAAAAACAUGUUUCUGCAUAAAUAAAUAACUGGAUUUAUCUCUGUCACAAAUGUUUCAAACCACAUGCAAUAUGACUUUUUAUAGUAAAACUCU